AGCGGGCGAAGGCCCUGUGGCUCAACAGGGGCCGCGGGGUCUUGCCCGGGGAGGCGCCGCGGCGCGGUGAGGCCCCAGCGCGCAGGCGGCGGCGGCGGGUCGGGCAUUGCUGAGGGGGGGGGGCUCCGCCGCCGCUUCUCCUGCGCGCCGGGCGCCGGGCGGCCCGCGCCGUGCGGGGGGGCGCCGGUCAUCCGCGCCGCCCCGCGGGGGAGCGGUCGCCGCGGGGGCUUGCGCGGGGUCCAUGAGGACCUGCCACGUCCGGCAGGGCGGCGAGGCCUCCCCGCCGCCAUGCGAGCACCACGUGUCGUCCGACGGCGCGGGGCUCCUGGCCAGCGUCUGCGAGGGCUCGGGCGUCCUCCGAGGCUCGCUGGUAUACUUCACCACCGACAUGGAGCAGCGCAUCGCCGAGGCGAUCCUGAGGGGCGACGCGGAGCAGCCCAGCUCGGCCCGGACGCCCCGGCGCCCGCGGGCCUCCCCAGGGUACUCAGUGGAGAGCCACCACAACAGCCUGGAGGGCCGCGCGGCGGGCGCGGCGUCUCCGCGGGCCGCCGCAGGUCCCACGGCAGACCGCGGGGCGGCCCCCUCCAGCGCGGCGCGCGCCGCGGCGCGGUCC